AUGGUGGAACCUGAUCCUGAGCCUGUUGACACCGCUCAACCGUCAGUAAAUGAUGGUUCAGCGCAAGUAGACGCUCCUAAUCUGCCUGUUAAUCUCAAUCUGUCUCGUGGAGAUACUACUCAGCAGCUUCCUUCAGCGCAACCCCCUUCACCUGCUAUUCCCGAAUUGACGGUAGCGGGAAGCGCUAUGAGCUCUGUGACCGUCCAGGUGGCAAGCCCCCAUAUCGGUCUCAGUGAAGCCAGGACGGAAAACCCGGAACUCACUUGCAGUGAGCUCGUUAUCGGUCAUGGUCGACCUCACGCUCCUCAUAGAACAGCCGCAAUCGAAGAACAAAGUAAUAGCACUACUGGCUCUCUCUCCACUAAAGAUGACCCAGCACGAGAAAAUGUACAAAUUCAUUACAAAAAAACUAAGAAGCACCUUUUCGAUCUAUUAACACGUUUGGAUAAGUAUCGAGCUGAGCCAUUGCGGCUUAGCCGUCAUGCCCGUCCCGACAGCCGAUCAAAAACUGACUCUUGGGGAAAUGGCGAACGUUUAAAUUCCAAAGUUAAAUCAGGUCCAUCGUCGAUGCCUAGCCCCCGACAAUAUCCAUCUGGACGCUGGUCUGUUCACGACUCGAUGAGCGCAAAUGAACCUUAUGAAUUUCUCGCUAAGCAACGCCUCGUGCGAAAAGAGAUCCGUCCGCAGUCUUCACAUGAUGCGGGAGCUUUAGAAAGGUUUCAAAGGUCUGGCAGACAAUACAGUUUUUAUGAUGUUUAUGAUGAUGCGUGCAACAGCGUUUCGGAAGAAUCAGACUCUAAUUGUCCAAAGAGAGGAGAGACGAGGAAAUUCACUCGUAAGGGAAGAUUUGGCUCAGGAGAUGUCACAUAUGAAAUUGGCGAUGAAAUGUAUUAUUUUGACACAAUUCACCUUGAUCAGGUAAUGUUUUUCUCAAUCCCAAGUUCUCCGCAGGGAGAGAGAGGGGAAUGGGGGAAAGGAGGCGGUUUGCUCUCAAAACUCUUAUAUGUGCUGUAUUUGGAGCGACUGUAG